AUGGACAGAAUAGAUGGAAGAUCCACACGUGCAAAAUGGAAAGCGUCACAAUCGACCUUUACUGACAUAGCCAUCAACUCCUCUCUUGUAAGAAGGCCUCCAAUGGAUAAGAUGUUCGGAAUCACAGGCACGAUGUGGGCUGGUGUCCAUAGGCUGCAGGAGGCAGAGACUGGAACAUUUAUUAGACCUUAUUGCUGCACUAUUCAUCAUGAUGCUCAGCAUCGGAUAACGACCCCCAUUGUGAUGGCUAGGGCUCAACAGGCCUGCUGCCCUGGCCUUCAGCCCAAUCUGUGCCGCAAGGCACCAUCUGAUGGAAACAGAUAUCUGCAUGGAGACCAACUCAGCGCAUCCUCAACAUCCCCCAUUGUACUGGGACUUAAGGGCUGA